CAAACUUUACAGUUGAGCUUCAGCAGCCUUCUAAAAUCCACCAUUGAAGAUGAGAAGAAGUUUCUAGGGAGAAAGGACAAGUCUCCACUCCCCCAUUGAAGAAGUUUCUACUCAUCUAAAACAAUCCAAUCCACCAUUGAAGAUGAGAAGAAGUUUCUAGGGAGAAAGGACAAGUCUCCGCUAAUCUAAAAGAAUUCUACGAGGAUUGGAUUUCAAAUGUGGCUAAAAUGGCUCGAAAAUUUUAGCGAACAGCAUUUCCCGUCAAGUAUACAAGAGAAAAUCUCUGACAUGGAGUAUCAAAUCGAUCGGUGCAUCCAAGCCCUCGAAUCAGUUCCUCAAGAGAAGAGGCAAUCACAAUAUGAAUGUCUAAAAGGAAGGCUGUAUAAUGCAAUUCCUGAUGUUUAUAAUGAGGAAGCAGAGUGUCAUCUACUGAAAGCUACUCAAUUGAAUCCGUUUUAGCUGGAAGCUUGGGAUUGCCUCGGCCUCUGCGUUUCCAAGAAAGGGGAUUACAAAAGAGCUAAAAAAUGCUAUAAGUUUGUCCUUAACAUGGUUAUAUUUCGCUGCCUUCUCAGUUCUUAAGUUUUCCGUUCUCUAAACUUCAAAUGCUCCCUUCAUUUAAUGGAUUCUUCAUCUUUUAUUUGAUUUAGGAUAAAGGAAAUAGCAUAGUUUUACGUCGACUUGCAGACCUUGAACUGAUGCUUGCACAAAGUGAAUGUAAUUCUUCUGUUAAUUUGCUUUGUUCCAAGGGGAAUCUCAAGCAUUUUCUUUAUAUAUACUCUUCAAAGGUUAUUUGCUUACAUUGCAAUAAGUCAAGAACUAUAGUUUCCAUCUAGUUCACAUCGUUUGUUUUGUCUUUAGACUCUGGCUUGGGUGAUUAUAAAAUUAGUAGUGUAUUUUCCCCAUUAAAUUUUGCUCUACAUCUGUUUUGUUCUAGUUCUAUCCUUAAUUAGAUACUUUAUAGAUACUAUAACUUGGCUUCAGCCCUUCAACUAGUGCAAAUCUGAACUAGAUGCACACGCAUUAAGUGUAACUCCUGUUGAAAUCUGACAUAGAAAGCAACGAUGUGCUCAGGAGUUUUGGCAGUCUGGGAUUCUGAUUUUUAAUUAAAUAUGAUUUCUUCCAUUUUCACUUUAGAAUCUUCAUUUACUAAAUCAAAGUAUAUGUAUAAUACAUUUCUCCAGUCUCUUAUUUACUUUGUUUCUUAAGUAGCUGCUGCUGAUCUGAUCAUCUGAUUGUAUAUCUAUUUCAUAGUUUCUGAAAAUCCAGCAAAGCAGAUUGACAAAUGCAUUAAAUAUGCCCAAAGAACACUCCUUCUGGAUGAUAUGGAUGGAGUUUGUUUAUGUAAGACUGCCAAUAGAAUCUAGUUAAGAGAGGAACUGCUUUAAUCCCUUACCUCUGAGAUUCUCUGAUAUUGUGUCAUAAACAUUCUGUGUUUUAGCACUCUCAGCUUUGCCAAUUUACUAAAUGUUUACUCGGUGUUCGUCAAUGAUUGAAUUCACUCUUCACAUAUUGUAAAGCUAUAGUUAAGAAGUAGCAUACGAUUACAUUAAAGACAGAUUAAGGUGCAGAAAUUGCAUACUUUGGUUCAUGGAGCCAUGAAGCAGCAUAUGCGCAGUACGUGGAAUUUUAUAAGGUGUAUGUUGUACUUAUGAAAACAUCCAAGAAUCCUUUACUAUAUUGUACUUCUCUCAUUCUUAGUGUAGUUUGAUCUUUAACUAGUAUCUGCACACAGUUAUAGCUAUAAUAAACAUUUUGACAAAUCCAAUUUUCAAGUCCUUCACUGAGCUUCAUUUGGUUGGUAGAUAUCUUAGGAUGUGCAUAUUUCACUUCCUUUCUUCUGACGGGAGGAUGGGAUCACAGUAAUCUUCAACUGGCAUUAGAGGCAUACAAAAAAGCUCUGGAAAUUGAUGCAGUGAAGUCACACCCCUUUCUUCAUUAUGAUUGUGGCUUGGUGAAUAGAUAUCUGGAGAACUACAAGGGGUUCCUAAUUGGAUUUUCAGAUGUUGCAUCAAAGAAUCCUGCUAGUGAUGCUUUACAUCAAUUGACACUGAUGCUCCAGCUUCUUGACAAAUUAGAAGGAUUACUUCAGGGUAAGCUUAAUGACAAGAGUAAGGGAAAGAGUAUGGAAACCAGCUUGUCUUCCCUGAUCCAAUCACUUGCUACUAUUGAUCUGGAUCCUUCAUACACCAGAGCUACCAUGGAUCUCUUAACUGAAGGGCUUAACGAAGGGAUUGCAGUCAUAGGAGCAGUACGGUGCUUAGUUAAAUAUGAGUAUAAAGCUCCAUCAUACUAUGUGAUCUGUGACUCUGAUGAGAAAAGUUUUGUACUUACAGUGUUCGGCAUACAGAAGGAAGCAAUUAAAAAAGGAGAUCAGGUCACACUAUUGAAGCCCUUUUGCAAAUUUGUUGAUUAUCGGAGGUUUAAGUGUUGGAAUAAUAAUAAUCACUUGCCUUCCUCGUGUGUUUUGCGAUAAUCUGCCAGCCAAAUUUUGUCACUCCUCACUAAUGUAUUGUUAUUUUUACUGCAGCACUAUCAAUUCAAGUCUGUGCGAGUUAAUCUUCUGAAACAAGUUCUUGUAAAUGGAAAUGCCCUGUCUCCUGAUUUUGCUAGUCGUGAAUCACUAUUAUAGGCAUAACCAUGAGAAGUUGAAAAUAAUCUCUGUAAAUGUCUGUGUUUAGCUACCAACAUAACGAUAUAUUCAGUGGGAUUCGUAUAGGAAACAAAACUAGGCAAAAUACUUAAAUGCUCUUGUCUAUUACAUGCAGUAGGUGUGGGAACUUGAAAUGAGAUAAACUCUACUGCCCUUGUAUCAUUUUUCAAUCUGACAAUGUCAUUUCCUUCAGAUGAUAUAUUUCUUUGACA